AUGCGCGAUUUUUGUUCAGCGCAUUGGGUCAUUGCCGACCUAUUCGUUCAAUUUAGGGAUAGCACAUUCAAGAAAACCGACCACAUCUUCACCCGCGAAAUCAAGCAGUUCUGCGACAAAUUGGCCAACUUUGCCGCAAACUACUGUACAAAUCCGGAUAUUUUACGAGUCCCCAGAUAUCAAUACCCCUGCGGGAUCUACAAGUACAAGUGUAUUGACGUGUACACUGAAGUCAUCUAUGGAUGGGGCCGA